AUGUUGGACCGAAGUGGGGGAGAAACGGGAUAUGACUCUAGAACUAGUCGGAGAAACGAUCAAGCAAGUAGAACUCCUCAAGGAAAGAUUGAAAUAGCACACGACCGCCAGAAGAGUUACGCCGACAAACACAGGAAGAAGCUAGAGUUUGCAGUAGGGGACGAAGUGUAUUUGAAAAUGAGGACCUUCCGAGGGAGUGAUUCAAACGGGAAGUUGAAGAAGUUGAGACCCAGGUACAUGAUCCCAUACGUGAUAAAGGAAAGGAUCGGCGCAGUCGCGUACCAGCUGGCACUACCGCCGGAAUUAUCUGAUUUCCAUGACGUGUUCCACAUCUUAGUGCUAUGGAAGGUUAUACGAGAGCCCGAGUUGAUCAUGCCGCAUCCACCUACAUAUGCGCAAGUGAAGAUUGUGGAUGAAAAGAAGGUGGAUAACCGUGGACGGAAGGAAGGGAUGGUUCUCGUACGCUGGGAGAGGGAUGGAAUCCACGAGGAUGUGUGGGAACCUGAGUUUCACUUGAAGGCUAACUAA